AUGUCUUUGGAUCCUCAAAUCAGAAAAAUGACAGAAGACCAGCAAAAUCAAGUUUAUAUUGAAAUGAUACAAAUAGUUCAAAAAGUAAAAACUUCUAAUAAUUCUGAUCAAAUUCAACCACAGUCCAUUCCUUCUUCAAUUAACAAUAGUACUUUUCAACCCUUGCAAUAUUCAUAUAAUAAUAGUAACUCAUACCCGACAUACCCUUUCAAUUUCCACCUACCAACAACUUCAUACAUUUCAAGUGCCUCACCAACACCUUCUACAAAUACAAAUAUGCCCAUAAACUAUGAACCUCAUAAUAUAGCUGGGAACAAUUCUAACAUUCACAGACAUCAAGUAUAUUACCCACAUACCCAAUCAUCUGCUCUUACUCCACAACUACCCGUUACACCAAAUAAUACUGCAACUGUUAACUCAUACUAUUCACAAAAAAACUCCCCUCACACUGAAUCUUCUACUACAUCUGUACCAACAGGUCACUCUGACAAUAGUUACUACACUAAAAACUUAACUCCAUAUGACACGGGUAACACAAAUUCACAAUAA